CUCCGGUACAUCACUCCGCCAUAUUUCGGAAAACAGCGGAGAUUUCCGUAAAGUUAGCUUCAUGUUUGUUUUAUGAUACGUUUAUAACAGUAAAAAUCAGUAAUAACUUGUUUUUUAAUAUGGGCUUUUACAUCGUGAGUCGACAAUAUGAAGAAAGAAUGUGAUUAUAUUGCCUUUUCACUAUAAGACUACAUUGGCGAUGAGUGAAGCUGACAUCGCCGGAGAUAUUCCGAAUGGUGACGAUUCAGCUUUCGUUGACGAGCAUCAGCAUGGUACGGAAACUCCACCAGAAGUAUCAACAGUUGCUGUCACAUCGCCUUCAUUGUCAGCUGAUCAUGUAUUUGUAGCAACGUCUCAAGGCCUAAUUAGUGCUCAGCAAUAUCAGGAAUCUACUGCUGGGGGCAUUAAAACCACGCAUAUAGUAAUUCAUGAUCAGACUCUUGAACAAUUAACGGACGCAAGCGGUGGCUUAAAAACACCAACAACACCUAUCCCUCCCCCUACACCUGCCACUCCUCUCAGUAAAGAAAAAGGAUUUCGGUAUCAAUGGGACGAUUCUGUGCACAAUGAAGUACUGCCCGUCAGAUGUAAACAUACAAAUGGCGAGCUUUACAAAUCCAAGUUCGGAUCAGGUGGUCGGGGAAAGUGCAUUAAAAGCUCUGAUAAUGAAUGGUACACACCUAAUGAAUUUGAAGCUGUUGCUGGGAGAGCUAGUAGUAAAGACUGGAAGCGAAGUAUUCGAUAUGGAGGUCGAACUUUACAGUGUCUUAUAGAAGAUAAUAUUCUACAGCCUCAUGCUACAUCAUGUACUUGUGCCUCUUGCUGUGAUGAUGAAGCUGUUACUGGACCUGUACGUUUGUUUGUGCCAUACAAGAGAAGGAAAAAAGAUUCUGAAAAUGAACCUAUCAUAUCUCCUAAUAAAAGAAGUCGCAUACCUUCUGUUUCCAUGAAAUCGUCUAUUCCUUCUCAACUUGGAUUGAGUGUACCAAAGAUAGAAAUUGAUCAGAGUGCCCAGCAAGUGAUGUUACCUGUAGUAUCAGGACAUGGAUCAGUUCAACCUACAGCCACAGUCUCAUUACAUCCCACCCCUGAUAAUAAAGGAGAAAUGGUCCAUAUUGUAGCAACUGAUGCUCAAGGGAAUUUGGUUUCAGGUGGUGGAUGUCUUUAUGGCAUGACUAUUGUGGGGCCCAAUGAGGAAACUUAUCUCAAGCAAGUGGAACAGAAAGCAUUAUCUAAUGCUGUAAUGAUGACACCUAUCACUCUGGCACAAACAAAUCAAAAACAAAGUCAUCUUGUUACAAUGGAUGUAAUGGAACAAAAGAAUUGGUGGCAACUGGAAGAGAUGGCCAACAAUUUGUUACAACAAGCCCAACAACUCAAGAUCAUGAUAGAUCAAGUGAAGCAACAAAGUAUUAUUGCCAAAGAGAAUGCCCUUCAAGUACAGAGAGCACAGAUGGAAAAGGAAAAGCAAGAGGCAUUAGCAGCUAGUCGUGUCGAGGCUCAAAUGAAUAUUAACAGAGUUCGAAUGGAAGAAAGGGCACAGAGAGAAAUGUUUGUACAUCAGGCCAUAGUUCAGUCAAGGGCCAAUCUUCAUGACAAGAUAGAUGCUGUGUCAGAUGAUAAGGGUACCUACAAUGUUUCCUGGCCAGCCACAGCCAAUGCUGCAAUGGUUAUGUCACAUGAAGAUGAUGAUGAUGAUAAAGACAAAGACAGAUUAUGAGUUGAUGUAUGAUUGAAUAUAUAAUUUAAUGUAUAUUUCUUGACAUUCAUUUGUAUGCAUGAUUGAUGACUGAACAGGUAUGUAUGUAUACAUCUAUGACAUUGAAUGUGCUCAACGUGUAUGUAUUUACUUUAACACAAUUCUAAUGAUGAAAGCUGUUUAAGUGAUACAAGUGUGUACAUGGAUGUGAAUAAAAAUAUUAUCUUGUAUUAUUCUCAUGGAUGUGAAUAAAAAUAUUAUCUUGUAUUAUUC